AUGGAGAAGUGCCAGACAUACUGGAACUUUAGCAAGCUGAUUUGGAAACGUUUUGCUCUCCUACAUCACAUGACGCGCACUUUACACACACGUGAAAAUAAACACGGACACACUGCGGAACUCCAAAAAAGACAAAGCAUAAAGCGGUGGGGAAGUGAAGGCGGGCCGUCUCAUGUUUCAAGUGGUGCGAUAUUCGAGAUAUCGCAGUAUAUUUUCAUAAAAGAAACUACUCACAAGGUUGCUGAAAACUCUUCGACAGCCCACGACCGGUUUCACCCUUCUUGGGGCUCAUCAGAUAGGCGUAGUCCCCGAGUUUCAGUCAACCUUAUGUUCUACUUGAACCCAAAUUGGACUGUUUUCGAGAAAUACACUCAUUUGCAAAUAAAUUUGGUUUACACGAGAGACUCAACUGAAUCCCUCGUUUAUGAUAUGGAGUCUUUUUCACAAGAGGACUUCAUUCUGGAUCGUCACUUGGACUUGGAAGUAGAACGUUCCCCUCGAGGUGCGGAAAAACUUGCAUAUCGAUAUCUACCAGAAGGCUUGGUAGAAUACAUACCACAAUAUAUGCUUCCGGCAACAACGCAACUGUCUCCAUAG